CCGGAAGUUUUUGUUUACAAGUGGAUUGGUGCUUUAUAGCAUGUUCAAUGUUGGUGUUUGCUUCUGCAGCAGGCUUUUCUGCAGAGUGCCAUGAACGAAAUCAUUCUGAGGACAAACAAAGGGGAAUACAAUCCAGGAGAAAAUAUUUACGGAGUUGUGUACUUAAAUAUCUGUAAUCCUACAGCUGGGCGUGGAGUUCGUCUGAAGUUUGAAGGAUUAGAAAGCAUUACUUAUAGCUGCUCAGGGAAUGCUGAUCAUGAAGGUCCUGUCCUAAGCGAUAGCAAAUAUUACAUUGAUGCAAAGGAUGUCACAUUGUACAUAUGUGAAGAAACAGAGGUUGUGGGCAUUGGAGCCUAUUGUUUCCCCUUCAAAGUGUCCUUACUCUCAGAAAUUCCAGGGUCUUUCUCAUCAGAGAAUGGGACAGGCAAUGGAAAAUGGCAAGCAUCCGUCCACUACUGGUUGAAGGCAGAGCUCAUUGGAGCUGAAAGCAUAUCCACUGUACAGUUCCUUGUGGUCAAUCACCCUCUACCUAGCUUCCUGCUUCCUAGCGAUCCACCCAUGGCUGUGGAUUGUAGAAUCGAAGUCUCACAUUUCCUGUUUCUUAAGAAGAGCAUGCAUGUCACAGCCAAAUUGACCAAACAGGUGUGGCAGUCAGGAGAUGUGGCUAAGCUGAGAAUUAUCAUCACAAACAACACAGAUGUCAAUGUCUCUCGUAUCACUAUUAAGCUUUGUCGAGAAUUGAUACUGGUUAAAAGGGGCAUUGUGAUUCCAUGUUAUGACCCUAACGUCACUGUGGAUGAGGAGAAUGAUCGAACAUAUAUCAGGCCUAAGGGAGCGGAUCCAGAAGUUGUAUGGGAGAAUACGAUAGCAGCAUGCAGUCAAGAUGUGUUGAAUAAGGGCCUACAAGAAAUCUGGAUCCCUCUCAAACAUAUGGACAAUAGCCCCGCCUUGACGUCUCUCACUGGACACCACACGCAGUUUCCUCAGGCUCCACCACAACCAUUGAAAAGUUUUCCACAUGGAAGAAUUCGUACAGUGGUAGAAAAUUGUUACUAUUACGUUGACAUCAGUGUCACUCUUCAAAACAAUCAGGAGGGAAACCUGACAGUGCCGAUAUAUUGCUUGAUACAUGCAAAGAAUACGGAGUUCUUGGCAUGGAAACCACCCAGCUGGGUUUAUGAAACAGAAGUAAUAAUGGGCAAAUCCAUAUUUUCUGUUAGUCAAUCUGUUUUAAUGUAAGGAAAGCAAUCACUGUGACACAGGUGUGAGUAUUGUGGUCCAUGGACAUCUCGUAAUUUUCUUGUCAUCAGUAUCAUGGAUUGCUGAUCGGUGCAGAAGACCUAAUGCAUGUAUUUCAUUCAGUUGUCAAAGCCUAUUAGAGAGAGGACCCAAUGAGAGAGUGAUUCUUGGUCUUCUGAAUGUUUUAGAAUGUGGUUUGAUUUAUUGCAUUUCUCACACAAUCAUCACAGAGAAUUGCCAUUUGUAAGGACUGAUUGUAUUUGUUUAGUUUUCUGUUAUCUCAUUUUUUACGACAGUAUGAUCUUGAGAAGUAUGGCACUUUAAAUGUUUAGAAUAGAUUAAAAUUCUUCACUCAGUAAUACUUAUAAAGCCUUCCAUGUUUUGAUCAACGCUUUAUGCAGCAAUUCCCCAGAAUGGGUACUACAGAUGGAGGUAAUAUGAGAAAAUGUUUUAGUUGGGGGGGGAUUAAGUUAGAUGUUACUAAGCAAUUCAUUUGUACCAAGUUUUGAUGUCGCUGAUUAUUAUUUACAUCAUAUUUCAAGACAGGGACAUAUUUUAAACAUUCUACAUAUAAAAAAUUGAGUUUGAGUUUGGGAUUUUAUGGAGUCAAUCACAAAGGAUAAAUGAAGCAAAUGUUAAUCUAGGCUUUAUUUCUAAUGAAUUUUUCACCUCAAUUUGUUCAUCCAAAAAUAUUCUGCAAUAUGAUGAUGUAAAGUUCAAUAUAGAUAUUAAAACUGUGUUUGAUCACAUUUUCACUCUAACUAGUGGCAACAUGUGCACAUCCACAAUAAGCAUCCUCAUUGGUUGCCACAGAAAUGACUCCACUUUCAUGUAAACUCGAAGAUGUCAACGCAAUUUCUUGUGCAUGCAGUGAUAUCUAUAAAGCUCAGUUUUUCUGUGAACUGAGCUGAGAUACUUUGUAACAAGACACCUUUUCUUUUUUUCUUUUGGAUAAAAUAAAUUUUCCUGAUUUCCCAUGUCUAACUUGAAGGUAAAUGUAGUCAUUAAUUAUUUUGAGAAAGAUUUCAUGAUGAACUGAAAUGCGAAUGUAAAAUUUUUGUGGAAGAUGAAGGUUAAAGACAUUCAGCAAGAUUAAAUCAAAUUUGCCAUAAAUAAAAAUGUCAACUUUUAGAUAUCAUAAAUAAAGAUGUCAACUUUUAGAUAUCUUAAAUAAAAAUGUCAACUUUUAGAUAUCAUAAAUAAAAAUGUCAACUUUUAGAUGUCAUAAAUAAAUAUUUCAACUUUUAGAUAUCUUAAAUAAAAAUGUCAACUUUUAGAUAUCUUAAAUAAAAAUGUCAACUUUUAGAUAUCUUUUCUACUUGUCUACAGAUGAAGUACAAGUACAUGUAUAUGAGAGACAUGCUUUUGCAUAAAAACAAACACUCAUUCCAGAGUUUUAAGUGUCAUCUUGUUAGUGUUCCACGGUACAAGAAUAAUUAUGUAAUUGAAUUCUAUAUGUGGAUUACGGUACGUGUAUAAGAAAAUGAACUGUCAGGACAAUAGACGUUUCUGCAUUUAACUUGUAAGACUAUUUUGACAAAUGUAAACAAUAAUGAUAUAUCAGAGCCCUCACAUUGUCACAGCCAACAAUGCUCAUAUGUACUUGAGGUAUUGGUAAAAAUCCUGUUGUCUGGGAAUCUGUUGUUCAAACACCUGUCUCAUUACAUCCUUUGUAAUCCAUCAAUUUCUCUUUUACAGGAAGUGAGGCAUUUUCAGAUAUCCCCCGGUUCCAGGCCCUGAGUCAUAUAGAUGAUUGAUUUUGUAAUAUUGAUCCGUAUUUCUUCUUGUCCCGUAAUGUAUUGCCUUCUUCAAGUUUUUCUGUUGAUCUGACAAUUGUGUUCACUAUGCCAUUGUUGCCUUAUUUUAUGUGUACUGUUAAAAGUACAGGUAUAUUGAAAAGAAAGACAAUUCUCUGUACAUUAAUUCUUUGUGAACCUAUACAGAGGCUGAAUCAGAUGACUUAAUGUCGGUCUGUGAUGAGCUGUUUCUAGACUGAUUUUCCUUCUUUUUUGUAAAAAAGGACUACAAUAGCAGCCUUUUUGGCCCCUUAAAACUGAAGAGAGAAAGAGAGUUCUUUUAAAAAAAAGACCAAAUUUUAUUUGAUGUUAUGAAAGAGUCCUGAUCUUUUUUAUGCCCCCGAGAUCGAAGGGCAUAUUGUUUUUGUCCUGUCUGUCAUUCUGUAAUUCUGUCUGAAACUUUAACCUUGCUAAUAACUUUUGAACAGUGAUAGAGCUUUGAUAUUUCACAUAAGUAUUUCUUGUGACAAGACCUUUCCGUGGGUACCAAUAUUUUUUACUCUGUUACCUUGACCUUGGAGUUUGACCUACUUUUUGAAAACGUUAACCUUGAUAAUAACUUUUGAACAGCAAGAGCUAGAGCUUGAUAUUUCAUAUGAGUAUUACUUGUGACAAGACCUUUCCGUUGAUACUAAACCUUUUGAGCUUGACAUUUGACCUACUUUUUAAAAAAUUUACAUUGGUCAUAACUUCUAAAUGGUAAAUAUUAGAUCUUUCAUAUUGUACACAGGCAUUUUUUGUGACAGGAUCUUUCUACUGGUACCAAGAUAUUUGUCCUUGUGAUCUUGGCCAUCUUGGAAUUGGCCAUUAUCGAGGGCAUUUGUGUUUCACAAACACAUCUUGUUUAUCAGUUAAAUUAAAAUGAUUUAUUGAGAAUUACAACUGACUGAAAGUUGCAUUAGGAUUUUUGGAUAAAACACAAUUUUGAAACAAAAGCAUUACUGUGUACUGUGAAAGGAAAUGCUGCUUUUGCCAUACAUAUAGGUCUCAAGAUGUGCAAGGUUAUGCUUUUAAAUGACCGAUCUUGAACAUACAUGUAUAUAUAUAUUAAUAUAUAUAUAUAUAUAUAUAUAUACAUGUAUAUAUGAAAUGAUGAAUCUGUGAUAUAUCAUAUUAUUUGAAUAUAUAUACACUCAAGAAGGAGAAAUUAUCAUUUCUAUAACUUUAUGAAUGUAUAAAUAUUUACGUGUAAUAAAUUGGUUAUCAAACACGGGUAAAAUAAUCGGUGAGCAUGAAUUUAUAAUCGGACAGUUUAAUAUCGCAUUCUAGAUUAUGGUUUUGCAACUUUAAUGAUAUACAUAUGUACAACUACAAAUAAUUAAUACAUGUACAAUAGACUUAACACAAAUUAUGUUUUCUUUACAUUGUUUUACAUAUUUUUUAAGUAAACAGUAUGAUUGUGAUUUUUAUUAUCUAGAGAAAUGUUAUGUGAUAAAAACAAUGGUUUUAUUGUAUUUUAUACUGAAUCGAUCGAAUAUUUGAAUUAACAUAAAAUUCCUUUCAACUGUAUUAGGGACAAGAUCAAAAGUUCAAUGUCUGACAAAAAACUUAAUUCACAUAGUUUUCACCAAGACCCCACCCCGGUUUAAAACUAAAUAAUUAUGAUGAAUGUUGAAACUAAUCGAUCAACAAGUAAAAAUAUACGAAUAUAAAUAACAUUGUAUACAUUUUCUGCAGUUUAUUCACAAAAGAAAUUGUACAUUAAAACUAUUAAAUGUUCAUUAGAAUGUAAUAUUAUUAUGUGGUUUUUAGCUCACUUGAGCCAGUCCGUCGUCUGUCUGUAAACUUUUCACAUUUUCAUCUUCUUCUCCAGAACCACUGGGUAAAUUUCAACCAAACUUGGCAAAAAGCAUCCUUGAGUGAAGGACUUUCACGUUUGUACAAAUUAAGGGCCAUACCCCCUUCAAAGGGGAGAUAAUCACAAAAAUGCAAAAUUAGGGUAGGGUCAUUUAAAAAUCUUAAAAACCACAGGACCAGAGGAGCUGACAUUUACGUAAAAGCUUCCUGACAUAGUGCAGAUUCAAGUUUGUUCAAAUCAUGACCCUUGGGGGUAGGAUGGGGCCACAAUAGGGGAUCAAAGUUUUACAUAGAAAUAUAUAGGGAAAAUCUUUUUCUCCACAAUCAAUGAGCCAGAAGAGCUGAGAUUUACAUGAAACUUCCUGACAUAGUGCAGAUUCAAGUUUGUUUAAAUCAUGGCCCCUCAGGGGUAAGUUGGGGCCACAAUAGGGGAUCAAAGUUUACAUAGAAAUAUAUAGGGAAAAUCUUUGAAAAUCUUCUCAAGAACCACUGAGCCAGAAGAGCUGAGAUUUACAUGAAAGCUUCCUGACAUAGUGCAGAAUCAAGUUUGUUCAAAUUAUGGCCUCCGGGGAUAGGCUGGGGCCACAAUAGGGGAUCAAAGUUUUGAAUAGAAAUAUAUAGAGAAAAUCUUUAAAAAUCUUCUUCUCAAGAACCAUUGGGCCAAAGAAGUUGACAUUUACAUGAAAGCUUUCUGACAUAGUGUAUAUUCACUUGUCUUUUUUCUUCUUCCACUGAAGUGUAAUGGAUGUCGGAUAACAGAAACUUACAGGAAUUUUUAACCCAGCCACCCCACUCCCCUUUAACUAUUUGAAUUUAGAUUUUUAUCUGACACCAUUCUUUUGAUCUUACUCCUUAGAUGAACAACUUUUAGAACUGAUCAAAGUAAGUCCUAUAUAACUAUGGAAUAUGUAUUGUGUAAUAUUUGUAAAUCUCUAACCUACUGUGUACCCGGAGAGACAAAGGAUUGUUACCAUUAUAAUACCAUGUAACUCAGUAAACAAAUCUCUAACCUACUGUGUACCCGGAGAAAGGAUUGUUACCAUUAUAAUGCCAUGUAACUCAGUAAACAAAUCUCUAACCUACUGUGUACCCGGAGAGAGGAUUGUUACCAUUAUAAUACCAUGUAACUCAGUAAACAUUUACAGUCUCUAACCUACUGUGUACCCGGAGAGACAAAGGAUUGUUACCAUUAUAAUACCAUGUAGCACAGUAUACAUUUACAGUGGGUUUUUUUUUAAAUAUUACAUAGCUAACAACACUUGCAUGAGCUUUAGUACCAAUGAAGAAUUGCAAUUGUUAAAUGGUUUUCACAAUUGUUGAACAAGUAUCUUCAGUGCAAUGCAGUCCUGUAUUAUUAUACAUGUACAUGGCUAUUUUUUAUUGAGUGAGAAACAGGCAUUUUGAUGAUGCAUGUACAUGUACAUUUAAAUACUGUCAAACUAUAGGAGCCGACAUGACUUGCUGUUGUUAUUCUAAACAAUUGGCUUUUUUUAAUUUUUUAUAAAAAAACAGAUAGGUUUAAAUAUAUCCUACAAUGAUAUGAGAGAUAUUGUCACUAGUGUCACGUGACUUACAUUUUUGACUGACACAAAAAUGAAUGUGUAGUUAUUUAUUAUGUGUAUAAUGUAAUGGGUGGUCAAUAGUUAUUAAAAUGAAAAUUUACAUAUGUUGGAGAAUGCAUUCCUGAUUUUGAAAGAAUGUCCUUUAAAUGCUUGAACCCAGCUGCACAAAAGUUAACUUCCAACCAUGCAGUUAAUGCUACAAACAGUUGGUUAACUUGGGUGUAGUUAAUGCUAUGAACAGUCAUUUAACUUCCAUGUAGUUAGGUUAAAUUUAUUUAGCUUUUGAGCAUCUGGGUCUGGAGUAUUUAAUUAUAUUAGAUAGAAGUUUCUUGUGAUUUUAGACUGAUUGUGAUACAUGUCUUUUAUUUAUUAAAGAGAUAGUAGAGCUCA